AUGCUGCCUCCAAAGUACUUGUCUGCCACCAAACCCAAGAAGUCUUGGGCCCCAGAUCUGUAUGAGCUAGACAGUGACUUGACUAAGGAGCCGGAUGCCACCGUAAGAGAAGGUGCAACUGACCCUGAAUUCUUUCAUCAGAGGUUUCGAAAUUUCCUCUACGUGGAAUUUGUUGGGCCUCGGAAGACGCUGUUCAAACUCCGAAACCUCUGCCUUGAUUGGCUGCAGCCGGAGACUCGCACCAAGGAGGAGAUUAUUGAGCUCUUGGUCCUUGAGCAGUACCUGACCAUCCUUCCAGAAAAGAUAAAGCCUUGGGUGCGGGCAAAAAAGCCAGAGAACUGUGAGAAGCUAGUUACUCUGCUGGAAAAUUACAAGGGGAUGUAUGAGCCAGGAGACGACAACAGCAGUGACCUCCUCAGCGAAGACAGCAUGAGCCGGAAGGGAGCAGAGUCCCCGCCGCCGCGCUCCGCCUCUUCUUUCUGCAGUGACCGGGACCGGGAAUGGGACCAGGACUGGGAUCAGGACCGGGACCGGAAUCGGGACUGGGGGCUGGACUGGGACCGGGAGCGGGAACGGAGAGGGAGAAGCAGAGACCUGGAGUCUCGAGACCGCUGGCCAUACACCAGGAAUCCCAGAAGCAGACUUCCUCAACGGGAUCUUUCCCUUCCUCUGAUGGAGAAAACAACUUUUGCGAUGGAAAGGGAGCGCAAACGUAGGGACUCCGUGAUGGAUUAUGAGUCAAGAUCUCAGGAUGCAGUGUCAUACCAGGACGUUGUGAACCUGACUGAGGACAGGAAGCCUCAGAACCCAAUUCAGGACAACAUGGAGAACUAUAGGAAGCUGCUCUCCCUGGGGGUUCAACUUGCCGAAGACGAUGGUCACUCCCAUAUGACACAAGGCCAUUCAUCAAGGUCAAAGAGAAGUGCCUACCCGAGCACCAGUCGAGGUCUGAAAACCAUGCCUGAAACCAAAAAGUCAACCCAUCGGCGGGGAAUUUGUGAAGAUGAAUCUUCCCACGGGGUGAUAAUGGAAAAAUUCAUCAAGGAUGUUUCACGAAACUCCAAAUCGGGAAGGGCCAGGGACUCUAAUGAUCGGUCACAGAGGUUCCCCAGAAGGCCAGACAAUGAUUGGAAAGAAGCUUCAUUCAACAAGAGGGAGUCGGUGAUUCAGGAGAGGGGCUAUGAAGGGAAUGCUUUUGGGGGAAGCUAUAAUUGUAACUCAAGUCUUGUUUCCAAAAAGAGAGUUCUUGAAAGAAAAAGGCGCUAUCAGUUUGACACAGAUGGGAAGGGCUCCGUUCAUGAGCAGAAAGGCUAUGCAAGGAAGAGACCUUUUGAAUGUAGUGAAAUGAGAAAAGCCAUGAGCAUGAGCAGUCUUAGCGCCCCCUCCUUCACUGAGUCGCACCCACUUGAUUUUGGGGCAAUGUCCUAUGUGUGUGAUGAGUGUGGGAGGUCUUUCAGUGUGAUUUCAGAAUUUGUCGAACAUCAGAUCAUGCAUACUAGAGAGAAUCUCUAUGAGUAUGGCGAAUCGUUUAUUCACAGUGUGGCUGUCAGUGAGGUUCAGAAAAGCCAGGCUGGGGGGAAACGCUUCGAAUGUAAGGAGUGCGGGGAAACCUUCAAUAAGAGUGCCGCCCUUGCCGAACAUCGGAAAAUUCAUGCUAGAGAGCAUCUUGCAGAAUGUAAUGAUGACGAGUACGAGGAGCCCUUCAUGCCUAGCCCAACCUUCAGUGAGCUUCAGAAAAUAUAUGGAAAGGAUAAAUUUUAUGAAUGUAAGGUGUGUAAGGAAACCUUCCUUCAUAGUUCUGCCCUGAUUGAACACCAGAAAACCCAUGGUAAAGAUGACAAAGAUAAUGAGCGUGGGGAAGCCUUUAAACCUAGCCCACCCCUUAAUGAGGUUCCGAAAAUGUAUGGUAAAGAGAAAAUGUAUGAAUGUAAGGUGUGCGGGGAGACUUUCCAUCAUAGCUCAUCCCUGAAAGAACAUCAGAAGAUCCAUACUAGAGGAAACUUAUUUGAAAAUAAGGGUAAAGUGUGUGAGGAAACCUUUAUUCCUGGUCAGUCCCUUAAAAGGCGUCAGAAAUCUUACUCCAAAGAGAAGCUCUAUGACUUUAAAGAUGGUGGGGAUGCCUUUAGGCAAAGCUCAGACCUCGGUGAGCAUCAGAAAAUUCAUUCUCGAAAGAACCUCUAUGAAGGCAGAGGGUACGAGAAGUCUGUCAUUCAUAGCGUGCCCUUCACUGAAUCUCAGAAGAGUCAUACUAUAACAAGACCACCUGAAAGCGAGGAGGAUGAGAAGGCGUUCACCAUCAGCUCUAACCCUGAUGAUGGCCAGAAGAUUCCUACUAAAGAAAAUGCCUGUGAGAGAAAACCGUAUGAGAGGUCUGUUAUUCAUAGCGUAGCCUUUGCUAAAGCUCAGAAAAGUCACAGUGCAGUGGGGCCCAGUAAACCACAAGUGAUUGCAGAGUCUACCCAGAGCUCAGGUGUUACUGAACAUCAGAAAGUCCAUGCUGGAGAGAAUUCCGAAGGAAAGAAAUAUGAAAUGUCUGUUAUCCAUAGCUUAGCUUCUUUCAGGCCUCCCAGAAAUUGCAACGGAAAUGAAGUUGUUGAAUGUGAUCAGAAGGGAGAAUCCUCCACUCACAUUUCUGACCCUCGUGAUAAGCAACAGAAAACUCCUUCCAGAGAGAACCCUUAUGAAGGGGCUAAGAGUAACAACUAUAAGGACUCUGUUAUACAAAGUGUGUCCCGUAUCGAACCUCCGAGAAGUCUGACUAGUCAGGGGUCCAGUGAAUCGUCUGUUCCCAGCUCCAAUGUCCGCGAACAUCAGAAGGCUCGUGCUAAAAAAAAAAACAUUGAGCGUAGGAACCACGAGACCUCUGUAAUUCACUCCCUACGUUUUGGUGAACCUCAUACAUUUCGCCCUAGAGAGAGAGUCUAUGAAUGUCCAGUGUGUGGAGAAUCCUUUGUUCGUAGUUCCGACCUCACCGAGCAUCAAAAGAUUCAUGAUAGAAAGAAGCCCUCUGGAAGUAAAAACUAUGAACAAUCUGUAAUUCGCAGCUUAGCCUCUACUGACCCUCAAACAAGUUAUGCUGAACAAGCACAGACAAGUUAUGCCGAACACCCGGGGCAGAUGAGAUACUCUGAACAACCAGCACAGACAAGUAACGCUAAACCCCCAGCACCAGCGAGUUCCACUAAACCCCCAGCGCCGGUGAGUUACCCUAAACAAAUAGGGCCAACAAAUUACAUUGCACACCCAGUGCAGAUAAGUUACCCUGAAAACCCCAUGCAGAUGAGUUACAUUAAGCAAACAGCACCACUGGGUUUCACUAAAGAACCAGCACCGCUGAGUUUCAUUAAAGACCCAGCAGCGCUGAGUUUCCUUAAAGAACCAGCACCACUGAGUUUCAUUAAACAGCCAGCAUCACUGAGUUACACUGAAGAGCAAGCACAGACGAGUUACGCUGAACAGCAGGUGCGCAACAAAUGUAAGGAGUGUGGGGACUGCUUCGCCACCAUUGAAGAGCUUGGGGCACAUCAGAAGAUCUAUGCCCGAGAAGAAUUCCAUGGCUGGAAGCUCUUUGGAAACUCUGUUAUUCAGGGCAUAGGCCUUGAUGGGCCUCGGCAGGUAGAGCCUCGGCAGGAUGACCCAGAUGAGCAGGAUGAGCAGGAUGAGACUGAAGAUGCAAUAUAUGGAUGUAAGGACUGUGGGCUGGGUUUUGCAGACCGCGCAGACCUGAAGGAUCAUCAGAAGGUUCAUGGCAGAGAGUAUCUCAUUGAUAGUCGUGAGUACACACAUUCUGUAAUCCAUACCCAUUCUGUCAGUGAAUAUCAGAAAGAUUAUAUUGGGGAGCAGCUCUAUGAAUGCCCUGCCUGUGGGGAAUCUUUUGUUCACAGCUCAUUCCUUUUUGAGCAUCAGAAAAUCCAUGAGCAAGAUCAAUUCUUUGGCCAUAGAAGGUAUGAGGAGCCUUUUAUGCAACCCUUGGUCAUUAACCCACGGAGGCCUCGUGCCCCACAGAAGAAUCCUCCUGCAGGAACAUCCCUUCAGUGCCACGUGUGUGGACAAGACUUCAUUCAUGGCUCUGUCCUUAGUGAACAUAUGAGAAUUCACACUGGUGAGGAUUUACCGGAGCAGGACCAGAGAAGUGAAGAUGCAGUCAGUCCAGGCUUGGCCCUUACUGAGUUUCAGAGAAGUCAGACCGAAGAGAAACACUAUGAAUGUAAAACAUGCGGAGAAUCCUUCCUCAAUCAGUCAGACCUUAGGGAGCACAUGAGAGUUCAUGAGAAAGAUGAGCCCUAUGAUUAUGGGGCCACCUUUGUUCACACCUCAUUUCUCACUGAGCCUCCUAAAAGAGAUUCACCAUUCUAUGAAUGCAAGGACUGUGGGAAGUCCUUCAUUCACAACACAGUUCUCACAAAACAUCAGAAGCUUCAUCUUGAAGAGGAAGAAGAAGAAGGAGCCCAGGAGGUGGAAGCCAAUGUCCUUGUUCCAAGAGAAGUUCUGCGGAUCCAGGGAUCAAAUGUAGAAGCUGCUGAGCCAGAGGUGGAGGCUGCUGAACCAGAGGUGGAGGCUGCUGAGCCUAACGUAGAGGCCGCUGAGCCCAAUGGAGAGGCCGAAGGGCCAGAUGGGGAGGCUGCAGAGCCGAAUGGGGAGGCCGAACAGCCCAAUGGAGAGGCUGAACAGCCCAAUGGAGAUGCUGAUGAGCCAGAUGGUGCAGGGAUUGAAGACCCAGAAGAAAGAGCUGAGGAGCCGGAGGGAAAGGCUGAAGAGCCAGAGGGAGAUGCUGACGAGCCAGAUGGGGCAGGGAUUGAAGAUCCAGAAGAAGAAGGUGAGGAUCAGGAGAUUCAGGUUGAAGAACCAUACUAUGACUGUAGGGAGUGUGGAGAAACCUUCACCUCCAACUCAGCCUAUGGUGAGCACCUGAAAACCCAUGCCAGGGUGAUAAUAUUUGAGCCUGGAAGUGUCUAUGGGGAAAGCUCACGCUACACUGAACAUGCCAGCACCAGCACUAGUGACGACGAUAGGGCUGAUGACAAGUACUUCAAAUGUGAUGUCUGUGGGCAGCUUUUCAGUGAUCGCCUGUCCCUUGCUAGACACCAGAAUACUCAUACUGGCUGAGAACACAAGUAUAAAGGUUAGAAAACCUUCAAUUAGAACUUGACCCCCGCUAAACCAGAGACUUGAAACCAAUCUAUAAUAGCGUCAGAAGGAAACACCCCGGCAUGUACACACCUGACUUGUAGUAUUAGACAACUCAGACUAAAGAGACCGAAGUGGAAACUCUUUUAGUUUUAGCUCUCCCCCAUCACACAUCGCUGAAUGCAUGUGGGAAAGCUAUAGCACAUACCUUUCAUCUGAGUAAUCUAUUGGAGGGAAAAUCCUAAAAGUUUUUGAGAUUACAGAAAUUGCCCCAGUUAAAUGUAUAUGACACUUCCGUAACCUAUAUAUAAUAUUCUCUGCAAUGUAUAUAAAAUAGCAUAUGGUAGCAAAAGCAGUAAUCACAUAUAUUUGGAUUUAAUACGAUAUACAGUUUACUGUGCAGAGGUACCUUACCUGGUACUCUGAUUUUUUUUUUUUUUUUUUUUUUUGGAGGAGGAAGAGAGCAACAAAUUAGAAUAUAUUUCUAAGUAUCUUAGAUUCUGAGAAAGACUUAAUUGUGCAUUAUUUGAACCCCAUCAGUAUCGUUUUGAAUAAUUGUGUAUUGUUACUUACCCUUAAGUAUUCCUGUAAAAGUGUAAGCAUGGAAGGUAAAAUGUCUUUUAUUCUUUGCUGUUUGAAAAGAGAAGUACUUGGAACUUCCUUUUCAGCCUUUUUGUCUACACCAACACUUUGGAACCUAAUGCUGUGUAAGCCUUUACAAUAUGUGGAUUGGCUUUCUGUGACCCAAAGUGGUUGGUUGCCACAUUGUACCUUGCAGUGAUUCUCAUGCAAAUAUAUUACAAGUUUUUGUUUUUGUUUUUUAACCAACUUGUGUGUUUGAUAGUGAAUUUUUAAAAGCUGAAGCUUUUCCCUAUAAAUCUUAUGCUUUUGCCUUUAAAGAGUGGGUUGCAACCAUCACUAGAUCACAGUAGUGCCUACUGAUGAUUGAAAACCAGAGGGAGAGGCUUUCAUGUUGUAAAUAAGGACGCAGGCUUACAAUUUCCAUCACUUCCUUUGUGCGCUUCCUGCCUUAAGUGACAAGUAGCAGCGUGGCUUCAUUAGUAUUAUAUGGCCACAAGUCAGUUUGCACCCUGGAUGCCCAGGAGCUAGUAUCCUUAGACCUUUCUGUCGCUUAAUUCUCGUCUUCAUCUGUCCGACCCUCCACCCAUGUCUAACUUGCAUUUUAAAAAUUAAAAAAAAUUAAAAAAAAAUUUUUAAAAAGCUUUCUUUACAGUCAACUUAAGCUUAACAUGGACUCAGGUUCCCCAGCAGCCUUAAUUUCUUUCCUUACCAUUUGUUGCUCCCUCUUUCAGCCCUUCUAAGUAUUUCUGAGCUAUCCAUUUAGUGUCACGUUUGUCUGAUCACCUCAGUUUUCCACUUAAUCACAAAUUGACCUUCUAGCUUGAGGUUUCCUGUGUCCUGUUCUGUGGACCACCUGUGCUCUUUUGCUUCCCCUCCCUUGCAUACUGACUAUUAAAUUUUUUGGCUUUGAGUUGGCUGGGAAA